AUGUUUAAGAUCAUUAAAACUAAACAUAAGCACCUUUCUGGACACAGUGCUGUUAGUGAUGCUCAUAAAACAGAGGAAGAUAAUUCUUUAAAUCGAAGUAAUAGUUGGUUUAAUGAUAGUUCAAGAGAGAGUGACCACAAUGACGAACAUGUUAUAAAAUCAAAAAGAAUACUUAGAAAUACAAAACAUAAAGAAAUAACAGGAAAUGUGUUUGAUGACCUAUUAUCAGAGGAUAAAAAUAUAACUUCAACAAGAAGCAUCGAAAAUGCUAAUGAAAGUAAAGAUUCUCUUGAGAGAUCUAUAAAGAAGUCAAGGCUAAAUAUAUUUAAAAAGAAACGAUUAAGUCUGCUGGGUUCUAUGGUGCAGAAGGCAAUAGAAGACGAUGAUACUAUGGAAGAAUCAAACGAGCAAAAUGUUACUGCUGAGAAUGAUCCAGCAUCUAAUGCAAAUAAUUUAUCAAUGAGUCCAGCACCGAUGACUCAGACUUUACACUCAAAAAUGAAUAAUUCCGAGAACAAUUCAUUUAACUCAAAAACUAAGGAACAAACGCCUUCUCAAUUAAAAAGUCAACUAAACACUUCGGAAUCAUUAAAUCGUUCAAACACACUAAAUCCUAUGAUAAUAUUAACUCAUUCACCAGAAAUAGAUAACUUAGUAUCAGAAAUUGGUUCAAGAUUACUAAUUGAUCAAGGGUCGGAUAAUCGUCCAUAUCAAGAACAAAAUUCUGAACAUAAAGAUAUGUCCAAAAAAGUAUUGAACAAGAAAACCGUUGAUGAGUCUCAAGAUCAUUCAAAAUCCAAAAAUAUGAAUAGAUCAGCUCGUCAGAUAAAUAAAACGAACCCUACAACACCUCAAAGGCAAACACGUUCGUCACAUUCAUCAAUGUACAUUAGUCACAUAGAAAAAACAGAUUUUUCUACAGGUUCAGAUGCAGAUAACUCAUUGAGUGAAUCUGGAAAUCCAUCGAUUGCAAAGAGAAAAGCUCUAACAGCUGGCAGAAGAACUCGUUCGACAGCAUCUUUAAAUCGAAUAAACGAAUCUUAUCGAUUAAAUAUGAAUCAAUCACAAAAUGUUGAAAGAUUUAGAAUGAUUCGUAGUCAAUCCAAGUCUAAUAUACAGGAUUCUCCAAAAUCAAUAAAACGUUUGCACAUGUCAUUCCUUAACCUUCGUAAUAAGUCUCCUGAGAAAACAGAGGAGACUAUAGAAAAUGUGGAGAAUGACAAGAGCAGAAAAAAUGUUCAAUUUUUAUUAUCAUCUAAAAAAUCGAUAUCUCAAAAUCAAAAUAGUACUGAAUCGGAGAGUCUUGAAAAUUUAGCUACGGAGAGUAAGGAUAUGCGUCAUUCGAUUGAGAAUAAUCAAAUUAAUUCAAAAAUUUCUGAAGAAUCUCUUAACAGAGAUUCAGAAAGUCCAAUCAGUCCAUCUCAAAUUUCAUCCCCAAAGAAAUCAAUAACUCACAAUAAAGAUGAUUCAAAGAACGAUGAGACAAAAUCAGAUGAAAAUGACUUACCAAAAUCCAAACCAAAUUUCCUCAGAAAAUUGCAUAAAAGUCUAGCAGCCGACGUAUUUGACAAUAUUCUUUCCAGCAAAAGCAUUAAAGAUUCAAACACCAAUAUGACUUCCGACAAAAGUCCCACCGAAGUACCAAGGGAUAAUAAUUCACCCGUAUCAAAUACAACUAAAAGAAGUGACGUUGAUUUCUGUCCAGAUACUCCCUCAAUAAGUAAUUUAGGAAUGAUACCUAUAUCACAAUCAACACCCUACAACAAAAAGAUUGUUCCAUCAACACCUUCCCCUAUGAAACGUAUAAGUAACGAGAAUUUUGUAAAUGAGUCUAUAAAUAACAUCGUUAAAAGGCCAACAAUUAUUUCAAGUGUAACAUCGAAUUUCAAAAUUUCUCGAACAACCAAAAAACAGAUCAUAUUAAAUGAAAAUGCUGAUCAAGCAAGUACACAAAUUCUACAGGAUAAAGAUAAAAUGGCGGAAAUAAAGAAGACAUUGGACAAUAUAAAGAAACGUGAAUUGGAGAAGAUAGACAGAUACCUAACAAAGAUUCCAUCAGAUCGAAUCAACAAACCUACGAUACCGAAUGAAAGACCAUUUCAAUUAACAAACAAGGAGUCCAUUAAAAAACCUAAGCAAGUCGACAAAGCUUACAUAGUAAAUGGCAGAGUGUACAAAAGGCCAAAACUUCCGAGACCAAAAUCAUGGGCGACAAAUCGUCUUUACCAAUAUUUGUGGAAACGCCUUGAACCAAAAUACAAAUUAAAUACAAGAGUACGUUCGGAAAAAUUUAUAAUCAUGCUUGCCGACGUUGUAUCCUUGACCAUAAGACGCAAGAAGUACAACAACUAUAUCAAAGAAAUUGAGGUCUUGAUGAAGGAGAUGGCUCGUUUGGAAAUCAUAAAAACUCGCAAUGAUUUCUAUGACUUCUGUUAUGAGUUUCUCCCGUACGAAUUUCGUGUAAAAGCUACUCCGAUUUUAUUGCCGGGCAAUGUCAUGAGUAUACCGUAUGACCCGGAGUUGCUGCACACUCCGAUAUUAAAUGAAUAAUUAUA